GAUGCCGGGAUAGCGCGGGCGGCCAUGGCGCGGGGAGCCGGCCCGGCGCUGCGCCUGCUGCUGCCGCUUCUGCAGCUCCUGGCGCUGCCCGCGGGGCGCGGCAACCGCACCGGCGCCGGCUCCCUGUUCAUCUCCGAGUAUUUCUCACAGAGUGCACAGAGGCUGUCCUUCUACAGCUGGUAUGGGAACGCCAAGGUCUUCCACUUCCACGUGCCAGAAGAUACCGUGCUGCUUCGCUGGCUCCUGCAGGCAUCCAGGGGGAAAGAACCUGAGUGCACCAGCAUGGAGGUCACAGUGCACUUUCGCUAUGGAGCCCCUCCUGUAAUUAAUCCACUGGGCACUCAUUUUCCUGCAAACGCAACCGUCCGUCCCUCCUAUAACAUCAGUAUCACUCUGAGCAGCACAGUGCAAAACACCACCUUUGUGAACAUCACUACCCCUGCUGCAGGAGACUGGUUCAUUGCUGCACAUCUCCCCGAGGCCGCUGGCAGAAUUGAAGUGAAGGGUUUCUCCACUCCAUGCACCUAUAUGUUUCAGGCAGAUAUGUUUGUGCUUAGACUCACUGAUAUACCUGUUCUGGAGCCUGGUGUUGCCAUGCCACAAACCAUCGUCUCACCUGCUAAGCCACUGCAUGUCAAGGUUUUUGUUCCCAAGUACACUGCCAGAAUGUGGUUUGAGCUUCGAAACUGCAUGACAAGUGAGCGGAAAGCAUGCGCUGUGCGGGUAGUGCUGGGCUCAAUCACACUGCCACAGUCCUUCCAGAGGAUCAUCACCUGCACAGGGAAUGUGAACUGCAGUGUAAGCCUGGAUUCACUCCCUUGGGAGAAGUGGUUGCAGAUCAUGGUGGAGAGUCUUGGUACUGCCAAUGCCAGUGUGUCAUUGGAGAUGCUGGCUUCUUUCACAGAUUGUAGACCGGGAAGUACCAGUUCAUUCCUUAACUUCAGCAGCCUAAACCAGAGCCAGGCUGCUUCUGGACCAGGGAGUCCCACUCCAUCUACAGGAAUGGCUUUGCGCAACACUUCUGAUCAGAGGAGUUUCUGCCUCCAGAAUCAGCCUGUUGUUCGUGAGGACCUGGAUGUGGUGUCUGUGCGGUACAGGCUCUUGAAUGGUCCCAGUGUAGCUGUGUACUCCAUCUCCCCAACCCUCCUCGUCCUCAACUUGAACAGUGGCAUGGAUAGCGGGGGUUCCCUUGUGGUGAAUCUCCUCCUUAACAAGACGUCGCUGAGCCAGGCCAAUGCCACUGUGGUUGCAUGUGUGAGUGCUGCUUCGCCGGUGCUGUCUCUCAAUAUCACGCAGAACUGCAGCACAGCUUUCUUCCAGGGCUACCCUCUGAGUCUGAGCACGUCCUCUGCGGAAGCAAUGCUGAUUGUCCUGUACCCACAGACAGAUGACUGGUUCCUUUCCUUACAGCUCAUCUGCCCAAAGGGCCAGAGUGAAUGUAACACCGCAGAAGCCAAAGUGACCGUCAUAGCAUACCUCACCCCCUGCUUCAAUGACUGUGGGCCAUAUGGACAGUGCAGCCUCCUGAGAAGACACGGCUACCUCUAUGCUGGCUGCAGCUGUAAAGCUGGUUGGAGCGGGUGGAGCUGCACAGACGAUACCAAGGCCCAGUCUGUUGGUGCACAGAACCUGGCCACCCUCCUGCUCACGCUGAGUAACCUCAUGUUCCUGCCAGCAAUAGCGGUUGCUGUUUAUCGAUACUACCUGGUGGAGGCCUCAGUCUACACCUACACCAUGUUCUUCUCCACGUUCUACCAUGCAUGUGACCAGCCAGGCAUCGCAGUGAUGUGCAUUAUGGACUACGACACACUACAGUACUGUGACUUCUUGGGCUCUGUGGUGUCCAUCUGGGUGACGAUUUUGUGCAUGUCCCGGGUGAAGAAGAUUCUGAAAUAUGUUCUUUUUGUCCUGGGGUCACUUCUGAUCGCCAUGUCCCUGCAGCUGGAUCGCAGAGGGGUGUGGAACAUGAUGGGUCCCUGCCUGUUUGCCCUCAUCAUCAUGAUCUCAGCAUGGGUUUAUCACGGAGUGAAACGCAGACACUGCUACCCCUCCUCGUGGAAGCGAUGGGUUUUCUACCUCCUCCCAGGGAUCACCUUGGCUUUCAUCGCCAUCUCAGUAUAUGCGUUCAUGGAAACCAAUGAGAACUAUUACUACACUCACAGCAUCUGGCACGUGCUGGUGGCUGGCAGUGUUGCUUUCCUGCUUCCACCUCGGGACAAGCAUAAGAAGCCCUGGGCCUGGUCACAGAAGCUCACAUGUCGCUAUCAGAUCUGCCAGAAUGACCGUGAGGAGCUCUAUGCUGUCACCUGAACUGCUUGGCUCCGUGUCCCAGAGGUGAAGGGCUGGUAAGGUUGCUCUUUGCCAGGCCAGCCUGGGCUGCCCCUCUGUAGCACACGGGCUACCUUAUGUGCUCUUUCACUGUCUGGGGCAGCACAGAUAUCUAGACUGGAUAUAAAGAUGAAGACGGUGGGCUUGUCUUGUGAAGGCAAGUUUGAGGCCCCCUCCGCUUUUCUGCUGGGAUGGGGCAGGCUCUUCGUGGUUCCAAAUCAAGGAGUAGUCUGCCCACCACCUCCCCCAUGGCCCUGGGGGAAAUUGCCAACCCAUCUUCCCUUUCUACUGUAUCAAUAAGGCUUGGGUUCAGCCCAUGCUGCCCAGGAGCCAGAAACUGCAGGACUCUUCCUUGCAUUCACUCUCUUAGCAGAGUUCUGUGGGACAGAGAUUUCCCCUGCUAUCCUGUAAUCAAAAUUUGCUUUGUCAGGAGAAGAACAGACUUCUUCUGCCCCUGACCUAGAGGUAGAUGCUUUUGAGUGCUCUUGGUGCUAAAAGGGAGGAGCUGAUCUCAGCAUGCCCUGGGUCCUUAGUUGCUGUAUCCUAUGUGAGUCUAGAGCCCCUCUCUUUGUGAAACAAAAGUGAUGCUGCUCUUACCUAGUCCUGAUUCUGGAGGGGAUGAACAAGACCCGAACUUGGGCCCUAACUUUAGGAUCAGACUUUCCAAGAAUGUGAAAAAAUUGUGGGCGUAUGCAAGAGCAUCGGAAGCAUCUGCCUCAGAACUGUGAAACACAUAGCAGUGCGAGUUUAGUCUAAGUUUUCCUUUUGUCCCUUUUAGUUCAUCUGGAAGGAGCUAGGCUACUGUACAGUUCCCCUUCCUCUUUUCAUGUUCAGGUAUUUGCUGUCUUCCUUUUUUUUGUGGGUACAGGAGCUCUGCCCAGCCUAACAUAGGUGGCAAUGUCUCUAAGGACUCCAGCAUGGUUGUUGGUGGGCUGUGGCAAUUCACUUGCAAGUUAAAUUAGUUACACUACCCCCAGUUCCUGCACCUUUGGACAGCAAGAGUUCACUCUGUAUCUGUGUUGGGGUCAACCUGUGCUGAGCUGGAACUCAGGGCUCUAGAGCAGCUCCAGCUUGAAGGCAUGCUUCAGUCCUGCAGUCAUCUGAGCACAGUAUGGUCUUAUGGCAGGUUUGUUAAUGUGCUUUGAAAGUGUGCUGCACCCAGCACCUUUCCUGUGCUUGCAUACAGCAUCCAUCACAUUGGAGCUGUGCCACCCCUGCGCUUGGCCAGUUGUGGCUGAGAGGCUGAGAGUGCUGCAGUCACAGCUGCUCUCAGGCCAUUGGCAGUGUCUCAGUCCCUCCAAGAGCCACCUCCAUGAAUUCCCAAGGUAGCUUUAGUCGCUUUGGGGUCAUUUGUCUCACCUUAGCCUUAUUGGAGGGCACUGAGAUGUAAGAAAGCAAGACCAGAAACAGAACUGGCAAUUAGGAAAGUAGUCUUUGCCCAUCCUUAUUAUAUAGAUAAGGGCUCAAAUACAUGGUUCUCUGCCUGUUUAUUCCAGCCAUGGAGGAUGGCUGAGGGAGAACAGCUUAGGACUGUACAAAGGUCUCCUUUCUAUGCUAGAGUUAAGAUAGUUAAGAUGCUGAUGUUCAUGUGUUUUUGUUGCAGCCUGUGGUCUGGCUCUCUGCAAGCUGACUAAUUUCCAUACAACUGUGACCCCAGUAAUUGGUGCAUAUCCUCCCACUCUGGGAUCAAACACCACGUGUGGUGUAUUUAAUCUUUCUAACUGGGGAAGGUGAAGGUUCACAAUGCAUUGCUCCUGGCUGGUGUGUGUACUGCUCAGAACUGGUCUGCAAAGCCAGCUAUCCUUUGGGGAGGAAAGAGCUAUUGACAAAGGAUAACACUUCCAAGUUUAUAGGAAACAUUUAUUUCUUUGCUUUCAGUAGCAGCCAGCAUUCUGCUCAGCUCUGCACUUUAACUUCUUGCAAUUAAUCCAGUCUUUGCCUAAUUGGUCUGCCUCUUAAUCCAGCCUCUGUCUUUGCACCAGGGAAGGAUCAGCCCCAGGCACCAGCGCAUGCUGGGGGUGCCCAGCUGGAAAGGCCCCUGGGGGGUCCUGGUGGACAGCAGGUUGUUCAACAGUCAGCAGUGUGUCCAUGCCAUUAAGAAAGCUGACAGUUCUUGGUUUCAUCAGGCGAGUAGCGCCAGCAGGUCCAGAGAAACGAUCAUUCCCCUCUGCUUAGCACUGAUGAGGCUGUACCUGGAGCGUGGCAUCCAGUUCUGGGUCUUCCAGUGCAACAGAGCCCUGGGUGUACUGGAGACAGUCCAGUCACCAAGAGGCUGAAGGGACUGCAGCACCUCUCUCGGGAGGAGAGGGUGAGAGCUGGGGCUGUGCAGCUGGGGCAGGCUCAGGGGAUCUCAUCCCUGCCCAUAAAUACCUGAAGAGAGGGCACAAAGAGGGCACAGCCGGGCUCCUCUCAGCGACGGCUCUGGGCACAACCCGGAGCACGGCAGCCCCCGUCGGGCAGCACUGCUGUGCUGUGCGAUGCCGGAGCCCUGGCACGGGCUGCCCAAAAGCUGCGGGGUCUCCUCGGAGCUGCGCCCUGCUUUGGGCGGCUCUGCUGGGGCGGCGCAGCGGCAGUGACCCCGAGCUGCCUCCAACCUCAGCCGUGCAGCGACUGCCUGCAGGUGCUCAGGGCCACCCCCGUCCCCCUGUGUUCACUAACACACACACACACACGCAGGGCUCCAGGAUCGUUCCGUCCCCGCACCGGGUGCCCGCAGCCCCCCGCGUCCCGCCGCGCCCGGCGGUGCUGCGCCGCCCGACCGAAGCAAUAAUCCUCCUCCGGCCUUUGGUGCGGUGCUGGAGCCGCGUUGGCCGGGGAGGGCUUUUACCUUCUUUAUUUCGGGUCAAGUCGGAGGAAAUCCGAUUUUCGGUUUUUUUGGGUUGUUUUUUUUUUGUUUUGUUUUUGUUUUUUUGGGUGUUUUUUUUUUUCUUCCUUCGCUGUUCAUACCUGUGAUUAUUUUAUACGGUAAAUUUUAAAGCUUCUGAUUUUAUAAUUUAAUAAACGUAAUGGUAUUUGAGGGCAAGCUCGAAUCGCGCUCUUACUGUGUACGGGGCGUCUGUGAGUACUGGGAGGU